GUGUCAAAUGGUCGAGCAAGUUACGGCACCGCUGCUACGAAGGAACCUACAAUCCACCCCGUAUUCGAAAAUGUUACAGGGACAUGGCAAUACAUAGUCUCGGACCCAUCAACGCGGUCUGCGGCCAUAAUCGACCCAGUUUUGGAUUAUAACCCUGUCACCCAGGAAAUCACUACAGACUCCGCCGAUGCCUUGCUCUCUUUAAUCAAAGAAAAGGGCUAUAAAAUUGAAAGAAUUCUGGAGACGCAUGCUCAUGCAGAUCACUUGACUGCCGCAUCAUACCUUCAAAAACAGCUCUUCCAAACACAAGGAUACAAGCCGCCCGUCGGUAUCGGCAAGCGCAUUGAGCAAGUACAAAAGCUAUUUGGUCAACGCUAUGGAAUCCAGAGCGAGGAGUACAGGACUGCCUUUGAUAAGCUAUUCGAAGAUGACGAGUCCUUCCAAAUUGGUGAUCUGACAGCCAAAGCUGUUCAUCUUCCCGGCCAUACACCAGAUCAUUUAGGGUAUCAAAUCGGAGAUAAUGUAUUCUGCGGUGACUCCCUUUUCCAUGUCGACAUUGGCACAGCACGCUGCGACUUCCCAGGCGGAGACGCAAAAGAUCUCUACGAAUCAAGUCGCAAGCUACUGGCUCUCGAUGACCAUGUCAAGAUCUGGCCUGGCCAUGAUUACCCGCCGGAGGGACGAGAUUCUCCCAUUCCAUGGAUGAGCGUGGCUGACCACAGGAGACAAAACAAGCAUGUUGGAGAUGUAGUUUCGGAGAAGGAGUUUGUGACGUUGCGGACGGAACGUGAUGCUAAGUUAAAUGCGCCGAGGCUUCUUCACCAGUCUCUGCAAGUGAAUAUUCGAGCCGGCCAUCUUCCGAGACCUAUGAGUUCGGGGUACAGAAUGCUUCAUUUGCCAUUGAAGUUGAAUGGAUUGGAAUGGUAA